CCACCUGGUCUCUAAAGAUGGAGUAGGAUAUGGACGUUGCUCGUGGCUUCCAGUCUGUGGUGACCACCUCAGAGGUCUUCCAGUCCUAUGAGGAAGACUACCAUCGACUGAUCGAGAGGCUGCGAGCUCUGGCAGCUGUGGUGGAAGGAGGAGCAGUGGCUGAGCGAGGUGCUGCGGGGUCGGAGAUGCUGGAAGCGCACGAGCGCGCCAAGCAGGCUUUUCAGCAGAUGGAGUUCGAAGUGAAGUCCAUGGGGCCUUUGGGAGCGGCCUUGUCCGGGAAGCUGAAGGAGUACAAGCAGGAGAUGCUGGCUUGCAGGACCUUGGUGCGAAAUGUGCAAGCACGACUUCAGCGUGAAGGUCUUCUAGGGCAGGCGCCCAGGGACGAGGAGAAGGCAGAACGUGACAGCGCCAACCGGCUCCGGGCGGGCGCGAGACGGCUUGAGGACUCCAGGCGCACCGCCCUGGAGGCUGAGGCCAUCGGUCUCAACGUCAUGUCCGAGCUGCACGACCAGCGGGACUCCUUGAAGCGCACGAAGGGUCACUUGAACGACGUGGACGGCCACCUGGGCACCUCGAAGAUGUUUCUGAAUCUAAUGUCCAGACGAGUGCAGGGAAACCAGGCCAUGGUCUGGUGUCUGGCCAUUGUUCUGUUCAUCACUUUGGUUUUCGUCAUCUACUUGAAGCUGCAGAAGCUUACAGCCUUUUUGAGAUGAGCGCCUCUGGCGCCGGACGUGUUAGCGAAUUCCUAGGGUACAAUUGGUGGCUUGAAGUGUUUCACUUUCGAUUCCCUCAUUGGUGCAGCUGGGGUGA